AUGGAGAGCCUGAACAUUACGCACGGAUCUGUUUCCAUGAACGAGACGGUGGUGCAGCAUUCCCAAGCGUCCACGUUUGUUACAGCAAUCGCUUUACCGAUUUUCAUGUUUGCUGGAGGCGCCAUUGGGAAUAUUAUUGCAAUAAUCGUCCUGUCAGUAUCUCGACAGGAGAGGAAAUCUUCAGCUUUCUACACGCUGGUGUGCGGCCUGGCGGUGACCGACCUGCUGGGCACGUGCCUGGCCAGUCCGCUCACCAUAGCCAACUACAUGGACAAGACUGUGCUCACGGUGCAGCAUGUGUGCGAGUUUCACUCCUUUUUGUUGCUGUUUUUCGGUUUGACAGGGCUGAGCAUUAUAUGCACCAUGGCAGCGGAGCGGUACAUGGCCAUAUGCUGCCCGUACACCUACCAGCGGUGGGGGGUGGACCGGCGCUUUGCGCAAAAGUUCCUGUUCGUCAUUUAUAUCUGUAACAUCUUCUUCUGCUGCCUCCCGAUGAUGGGCAUGUCGAAAAGCGAGCUGCAGCCGUCCGGCACCUGGUGCUUCAUCGACUGGGAGACAGAGGAGCCUGUGGCCGCUGCCUAUACUGUGCUGUACGGCUCCGUCAGCCUGCUGCUCAUCCUGGGCACCAUUCUGCUGAACCUGGCGGUGUGCGGAGCGCUGCUGCUGAUGCGCCAGAGGACCGUGCAGCGGCCCGUCACCAGGGGCAGCGUCCGGGACAGGUGGAGGGCUCUGUCCUCGGCUGCAGAGACCCAGAUGAUGGCAGUGCUGGUGAUGACCUCCGCCGUGGUGCUGGCCUGUUCAGCCCCGCUGGUGGUCCGUGUGUUUGCCAACUGCUUCAUUCUGAACAAUGACCCUAACGCUGACCUGGCAGCCAUCAGGAUAGCAGCUGUAAACCCCAUCCUCGACCCCUGGAUCUACAUCCUCCUCAGGAGGUCUCUGUUUAGGAAGUUAAUCAAGUUAUCCAGACAAGGCAGCAGCACUCGCAGUACUUCAUCCCCAACAUUACAAAGGAGUCUGUUUUAUCCUGUAAUCGUGAGGGACAGCCAUGUGAUCACGCAGCUGAUGUGCAACGCAAACAUCAUGACUCAGCUGCCCGCCACUGUCAAAUUCACUUCAUACGACACAGAGAGUCCCCGUCAGACUUAA